AACCUAAUUUUUAUUUUGGAUUUGGAUUGUCUCAAUCUCCACUUUACACCUUUAUCACAUAUUUUAAAUCUUUGUGUCUAAUUUUUUGAGGUCGAAGCGGGAGAGAGGAUGUAUAUUAUUUUUGGGAAGGAAUGAUAUAACAAAAAAUACGAAAAUGAAGAGGGAGGGAGAGAGAGAAAAAAGAAAAAAGAAGAGGUUGCCAUCUUUUUGAAGGGCAAAUCGGUAAAUGCGUGUUCGCCUCUCCGGCUCUCCCACAGGCCACAGUCCCACUCCCACUCCGACCGCAAAUCCAUCAUUUGUUUGCUCGCCGUGUGUUGGUUUGGAAUCCCCAGUCUUGGUUGCUUUUGGCGGUUGCUUGCAUUUGCAGCAGCAGCGCCCAAAUCCGGCAACAAUUGUUAGUUAAUCGAUCAAUUAGGGCUUCAACUGGCAGAGUGAAUUGGCAAACAAGCUUCUUGUUCAUGGCUCGGAGUCAGUGCUUCUUUGGCUCCGGGCCUCUCUCGCUGGCGUUGGCUUUGAGGCCGGCUUCGCCGCCUCCACAUCCGAAUUCCUCCACUGGCUACUUAUGCACUCAACCUCGCUCCGCCAGACUCCAUCUCACUACGAGACCAGCAGUUGAGACUGCCACAAUUGACGGCGGUGGUGGUGCCAGAGUGUACGUGGUGUCUGAUUUGCACACCGAUUACUCGGAAAACAUGUCUUGGCUCAACUCCUUACCCAACCACAACGACGGCCAAAAUGUGCUCCUUGUUGCCGGCGAUGUGGCCGAGACUUACCAGAAUUUCCUCGUCUCAAUGUCCAUUUUGAAGGAAAAGUUUGACCGCGUCUUCUUCGUCCCUGGAAAUCACGAUCUCUGGCUCCGCAGGGAUAAAAUUGAUUGCUUGGGGUCACUCGAUAAGCUGGAUAAAUUGCUGGAUGCGUGUCAGAAGCUCGGCGUGGAGACGAAACCUAGCAUAGUUGAUGGUCUGGGAAUUAUCCCAUUAUAUUCCUGGUAUCAUGAGAGCUUUGAUGAGGAAAGAGACAUAACUGGAAUCCGAAUUCCAUCUUUGGCGAUGGCAUGUAAGGACUACCAUGUAUGCAAAUGGCCUGACGAACUCAAAAAUGGAGAGACUUCCCUUGCACUGUAUUUUGAUUCUCUGAAUGAUGAGAAUUCUGGUGUAGUCGAAGAUAUCUUGAAGAAAAGCACUCAUUUAAUCUCCUUCUCUCACUUUCUUCCAAGGCAAGAGUUAUGUCCAGAAAAAAGAAUGCUCUUCUAUCCCAACCUUCCAAAAGUUAUUGGCUCAAAAUAUCUUGAGAAACGAAUAAGAGCUAUACAUGGAGCAGAAGGGCGGCUACCAGCAUGUCACGUGUUUGGUCACACUCAUUUUUGUUGGGAUGCUGUUCUUGAGGGUAUCAGGUACAUACAAGCACCUCUAGCCUAUCCAAGGGAAAGAAAAAGAAGAAUGAAUGGAGGUGAAGACUGGCUGCCAUUUUGCAUUUACUCAAAUGGGAAUUUCUCGGAGAAGCUCUCGCCUUGCUAUUGGUCGGAUUAUUACUCUGUGAACCCUAGAACACCCAACAUCACUGAGCUCGCCCCCUGGGUUGCCAGAUUUUACUCCAAAGUCUGAUUACUUAUCCUGCUCUUGCUUCUGCUUCCUGUGCAGUAACCAGGAAAGGACAAAUGAUAUCUAUAAUCUGGCUGCCUUUCAUGAUCUGCACUUGUUCAAUUGAUAUAUGUAUUGUUUUCAUUAUGUCAGUCUGUUUCUGUGUAUAUGCUUGUAGUUUUUUAUGCAGCUAUAUAGUCACAAUUGCGGCUGGUUAAAUACAUUUUAUAGAUUAAUGACUAAUUGGAUCGCAUCUUAAUGGUUGAA